AUGAGUGCAGCCCUGCAGGUGACAGCAUUUGGGCUCGCUCUUCUCUCAACACUCUUCCUGCUCCUGGCCACGUGCACAGACUGCUGGAUGGUCAAUGCUGAUGACAGCUUGGAGGUGAGCACAGAAAUCACCUGGAAGGUGAGCAGAGUAGCCACCUUUAAGAUGAGCAUCAUCCUCAAGGUAAGUCACAAAUGCCGGGGCCUGUGGAGAGAGUGUGUCACCAACAUGCAGGAUGGGGUCAGGACCUGUGACCAGUAUGACUCCAUUCUGGCUGACCACCCAGUGAAGAUCGUGGUGACACGGACCCUGAUGAUCACAGCAGAUCUCCUGGCUGGCCUGGCUUUGGCUACACUGGUCCUUGGGCUCGACUGCAUCACGUUCUUCAAGGAAGAUCCUGGUGUCAAACUGAAGAUGUGCUAUGGAGCUGGAGCUACACUCGGUGCUGGCAGCAUGCUGGGGCUCACAGGCUCUGUGUGGUAUGCAGUGGAUGUCUACGUGGAGAGGGCCAUGCUGGUGUCACACAAUAUAUUCCUGGGAGUCCACUAUGACUUUGGGUGGUCCUGCUGGCUGGGAAUGGCUGGCUCCACUGGCUGCUUUGUGGCAUCUGUCCUGCUGACCUGCUGCCUCUCUGCCUGCACAGCCCCCAGCAGCCGCUGUCAGCCCCAGAGGCACCCCCAGCCCCAGGGCCGAGCAGGCACCAGCAAGAUGUAUGCCAUGGAUUCCCGUGUGUGA